CGGAACUUUUGAAUAAAACCCAUAAAAACGUUGAUGAUCAACAAUCAAAAGAUUAUAGAAUCGGAUCAUAUCUAGUACAUCAACAGAUGGCAAAAAUAAUAAUUAGAUCUCUUCGAGGAGAUGACGCGUUCGAGUUUAGCAAUAAAGUGGUGGAAAUAUUGGGUCAUCCUGAAUAUGAAGUGAGGCUUGUCGCUCUGGAAUUACUCACUGAAUAUUUUCUAGACAACUCUGUUCCGGAUACUGAUCUCAGCAGAAAUUAUUCAACUAUCCAGUCAAAACUGAUUUCCAUGAUAGAUGACGGGGAACCAAAUCUCAAUUGUUUCCGUCUGGUAGUGGAAUUGCUUGUAUUAAUAAAUCCGAAGGGUCUGUCCUUCCCUUUAGAUUCUGGACUGCGAAAUUUCUGGAAAAAACUUUUCGAACAUGUAGAACAACCCAAAAACGUGUCAAUAGUUGAAGCCGUAUUUCCAUUAUUGGGUUCUUUGUUAUCACAAAUCUGGGAUGAUAAAUCUUCCAGUCAAGAGUUCAAAUCUCUGUGUUUAAAACAAUGGACUGAACACGUGGAAAGAAAUACCAAGCCUGAAAUUGCUCUCACAUUGCGUGAAGCAACAACAAAAUCUUUACAAAUGUUUAGUCGUCAUCUAUUUAGAGAAGAUCGAUUUGUAAACAGUAAUGAUGUCCAGCAGGUUAUCACCUUGUACAUGAUUCUUGCACGCCUUGCUCAGGAUGACGAUGUUGACCUACGUAAAGCUGCCUCAUUGAUUGUGGCAAAAGCAGGCAGAUUUAAGUUUCCCGUGGAUCCCGAUCGUGCACGUGAGCUCUGUUACGAGCAAGUGUCAAAUCAAUUUUCCAAGUCGCUACACUUGUAUGCAGCCUUACUUCAGAUACUUUCCGGAGAUGAAAAGCCAGAUGAGGUUUUCCGAGCCGAAAUGAAUCGAUCACGUGUCCUAUUCGCAAUCGAAAAUCCAAACAUCUUUAAGGAAGAUCUAGUGGAUGUUCAGUUAGCUUCUAGAAUCUCAAUAGAAGCAUUGAAAAAGGAAAUUAAAAUUGUGCAAUUUCCCGAUCCUUUGAGAAAUGAUAUUCCGCGUUUUGCC